AUGAAUAAAAUGUUAAUUUUCAUUCCUUUAUUGAUCUUUUAAAAUGUCUAUGCUGAAUAGACAAAUUAUGAAAAAUGUGCUUUAAUAAUAAAAAGUAUAUUUGCUGGAUUAUCAUUAACUUAUUAAACAAACUAAAUCAAUUAUAUGGAGAAUUUAGAUUGUAAUGGUUUUUUAGAUGAUAUAUCUAAAUCUGUUGAAUAUUCAAAUGGUCAUAGUUUUGAAUAGCUAAAAAUUGGAUGGGAUGAAUUAGGGAAUGCCCUAGGAAAAAUUUAAGAAUCGAUUAUCAAAAACAUGAACUAGAAUGCACUUGACAAUAAUUCAUAAUUAUUAUGGAUAAUUAGUUUUGUAAAUAAUAUGAAAUUAAAAUUAAAAAAUUAAAUUGUUUGUGAAUUAGAUGAAUAAGCAGAGAAAAUUAUAGAAUUAAUUUUUGAUUUAAAUAUUUUUAGUAUAUUCACAUAUGAAUUCAUUAGGUGACUAAUUGAAAAAUUUUAAUGAAGAAUAGUAUCAAACAUAUGGUUAUUCAAUUGGUUAAAUGUUGUUAAAAAUAUAAGAAAAAAUUGUCAAUUUUAGUUCCAUAUCUUAAGGAAUGGAGAUAGCUUUAAAAGUAUUUAGUGGAUUUUAAUAUGGAAUAUAAGAUCAGUCUCUAAUUAAUAAAGAUUAACUAAAGAAAUGUUUAGAGGGUGCUGAUUAACUUGUUAUUUAUUAUGAUGAUUUCUCAUACUAAAUAGAGAGUUUUAUGCAUAUAAUAUACCCUUUUUGUGUGCACAAAUAAAUUUAUCUUGCAUUAAACCAUUAUAUAAAUGGAUUAGAUAAAUGUUCAGAUUCUAUUACUAAUGCUUCAAAAUUAAGCCAAAGAUUAAAACAAUUAAUCAAAGUACUAGAAAAUAAAAAAUUGUUAAAUAGAAUUGAUUAAUCAUAAUUAAUAGAGUCUGUAAUUUGAUAUAUAUUAAUAAAAGGCAUAAUAUGCAACUAUUUGUUGGCAUAUGGGAUAUUGGUUUGGAUUUGGUGAAGAAUUAGGCAUUUAUUUAGCAUCAUUAGAAAUAAAAUAGUAAAGCAAUUAAAUUUAUCAACGAAAAUUUUGA